AUGCUCUUCGAGUUCCAUAGGCUUCAGAAUCAGAAGUCGCCGAACAGUGUUUAUGCAACCUACCUUGUCUAUGGAGAAAAGAGUGUAGGCUCUCCUGCCAGUGAUGGAGACGUGGAGAUGAGCAGCACUGCGGAUACCGAUACGAGCUGGAGGACAAUUUUGACACUGGUUGAAGAAAAGGAGCUACAAGGCAAGUUGCAAAAAAGUGCUCUCAAAGAGUAUAACUCUGUGUAUUCGAUCCAUGUCUACAGUUUAAGCCCCCAUGCAGGUCAGGACCUGCAGUUACUCUCGGAAUCGAAUAAUGACGGUCUGUCGGGUUACUCGGCCAACCUCGGGCCUGUGGGUGCUCAGAAUCAUUUUGGUGGAGUUGCAAAUUCCCGGGUCCGGCUCAGAGAUCGCCGGGGUUACAAACCCCCCGUGAUCAAUGCGUCCGCUGCUGCCAAAGAGACCCCAUCGCAAAAGAAAUCAGCUUGGAAGGUUUCAAGCAACUCCCAAGAGAAAACCGAGUCACCUAAACCUGCUGCUAGUUCUUCUCGGCAAAUAUCCUCAUCUGCCAGGGCACCAGCCAAAAGUGGGAGCAAGGGACCCUCAAGCAGUAUCAUGCAAUCCUUUGCGAAAGCCUCUGUCAAGGCUUCGAAGUCUAGCAGUGCUGCUGAACCCGCCCCCACCCCUACAGCAGGCUCUGAUGCGGAUUCACAGCAGCCGGCCAUGUAUGACGAUGAUGAUGAUGAUGAUGAUGAUGAUGGUGGCGAUGACGACGACGACAGCGCCGUUUUACCUCGGCCGAAAAUCACUGGCGACGACGCGGAGAAUCGCAAAUCUCGGCUCCAAAGGGAAGCUGAGCUACGGCGAAUGAUGGACGAAGAUGACGAAAUUUCCGGGAUAUCUACCACUGUCGACAUCGAAAAAAAGGAAAAUCCAUCCGACAAUUCUCAGGCGGAGACCACGGGGGACGGAGGUGAAGAAGCCCCUCCGGAUAAUAUGGAGACUAAGGCAGAACCUAUAGCCACAGAAUCAGGCAACGGUGAGGGGCGGAGAAGAGGCAAGCGGCGAGUGAUGAAAAAGAAGCAAAUCCAGGAUGAAGAGGGGUAUCUUAUUACUGUCCAGGAGCCUGUUUGGGAAUCGUUCUCCGAGGACGAGACUCCCCAGCCACGGAAGCCUGCGUCGGCAGCCGCCUCUACAAAGGCGAAGAAGCUAGCCCCGAAGGGACAGGGAAGCAUUAUGUCCUUCUUUGCGAAGAAGCCGCGCGAAUACCUCUCGAUUGACUUUGUCCGCAGUCCCAAGGCACGGGUCAACCUCCUCAGGGGUUGGCCAGCGCCCCAGUCACUGCCUGCAGGUCAGCUUCGUGAAGCGGCUCUGGAUCUUCUCUCCAAUCCAACAGAGUACGUUCCUGCGCUCCAGUAUGGACCAGAUCCGGGGUCUCAAGCCCUGAGAGAGGAGCUCUCCCGGUGGCUUGCAAGAAUGUAUUCUGUAUCGCCGGACCCUGAGAGGAUAUGCAUUACUGGCGGGGCUAGUCAAAAUCUGGCGCGCAUUCUACAAAGAUUCACCGAUCCUCGUUUCACGCGCAUGGUUUGGAUGGUGGCGCCGUGUUACUAUCUAGCCUGUCCAAUUUUUGAAGAUGCUGGGUUUUCUGGCAGACUACGGGCUGUUCCCGAGGACCCAGAGGGCAUUGAUAUUGCCUAUCUUGCCAGAGGACUAGCCCUUUCGGAUUCCGACUUGUCAGCCGACGCACCUAAAUACGAGAGCAGGGACGAGAUUAGAAUUUAUAGGCACAUCAUUUAUGUGGUCCCCACGAGCGCCAACCCGUCGGGCAAGUCCAUGAGCCUCGAAAGAAGAACGCACUUGGUCCAUCUUGCUCGAAAGCAUAACGCCCUGGUCAUUAGUGACGACGUGUAUGAUGCCCUCCAGUGGUCGUUGUUGACGGAACCGGGCCACGGCAACGGAGCAGCUGCUCCAGAAGUUCUGCCGCGAUUGUGUGACAUAGAUCUUGCUCUCGAGCCUUCUCCAGAUGAUCCAUGUCAUUUUGGGAAUACCGUAAGCAACGGGUCCUUCAGCAAGAUAGUCGCACCGGGUAUGCGGACAGGGUGGACAGAAGCGACGCCCAAGUUCACCUAUGCACUCUCCCAAACGGGAUCGACUCGUUCCGGCGGAAGCCCGAGCCAAUUCGGAGCUACGCUGAUGUGGAAACUUUUGAAAAGCGGCGAUCUAGACGCGCACCUAGAGACCGUUAUCAUCCCGGGGCUCCAGCGGCGGCACAGGCAACUUUUGAGAAGUAUCAGAGAACACUUGAUUCCACUAGGCCUAACCCUCGACGAUGCCAACCACGCUGCAGGCAGUUCGCAGUAUGGGGGCUAUUUUGUAUGGCUAACACUACCGAGCAAUUUGGACUCUGAAGCCAUUGCCUCCCGGGCGGAGAGAGAGGAGAAUCUGACUAUUGGGCAUGGAAAGAUGUUCGAAGUGCGAGGCGACGAGGACUCGGCCUUGUUCAGGAAUCACAUCCGGCUCUCUUUUUCUUGGGAGCCCGAGGAGGCUCUGGCCGAAGGAAUCCAAAGAUUGGGCAAUAUCGUGAGGUCACAGCUAGAGCAGUCCAUGACAUGCAUCCCGUCCCAGUAG